AUGGCAUCCAUGGAUGUGGCCACUGGAACAAUCUUCUUAUCACAGACAGUAUUUGGAACUCUUGGAAAUUUCUCUCUUCUUUACCAUUAUCUCUUCCUUUACUCCACUGAGCACAGGCUGAGGCCCACAGAUUUGAUUCUCAAGCACCUGAUGAUAGCCAACUCCUUAGCCCUGCUUUCUAAAGGAGUCCCACAGGGGUGCCUGGUCCCGCAGACAAUGACAGCUUUCGGUUUCAAAGAUUUCCUCAACGAAGCCGGAUGCAAACUGGUUUUCUAUCUUCACAGAAUUGGAAGGGCCAUGUCCAUGAGCAGCAUCUGCCUCUUGAGUGUCUUUCAGGCCAUCAUGAUCAGCCCCAGAGACUCCACACACGCAGAACUUAAACUGAAGGCUCCCAAGCACACUGGCUCCUUUGUUUUCUUGUGCUGGAUUCUGGCAAUGCUGGCAAAUAUCUCUUUUCCCGUAAAUGUGACUGGCAAAUGGAGCAACGCAAACAUCACCAUGAAAAAGGAUUUGGGAUACUGCUCUGGCGUGGGCAAUAAUAAACUCAUGUUAUCCGUACUGGCAGCGAUGUUAUCAUUCCCUGAUGUUUUAUGUCUGGGGCUCAUGAUCUGGGCCAGCGGCUCCAUGGUUUCCAUCCUGCACAGGCACAAGCAGCGGGUCAGAUACAUUUGUGGCAACAAACUCUCUGCUAGAUGCUCCCCCGAGUCCACUGCCACCCAAAGAAUCCUUGUCCUUGUGAGCAUCUUCGUGUCAUUUUACACCCUGUCCUCCACCUUCCAACUCCGCAUUGCUCUUAUUAAUAAUCCCAGUUGGUUGCUGGUGAACAUCUCUGCCUUCAUCAAUGGAUGUUUCCCAACUGUCAGCCCCUAUGUUCUCAUAAACCACGGCUCCAGCCUGUCCAGGCUCUGCUUUGUCUGGCCAAGGAACAAAAUCUCCUGAUCUCAUCAGAAGCGUAUCAAGUUGUUUCUGCACAGCGUGUUUACUGUUUAUUCACUCCUCUUCACAGUGUU